GCCUGACAAUCCAUUGAGGAGGUGGUUGAGUUCUUGGAAUGGCCCGCUGGGUUUGCUGUUUGGUUAUUGAGUUUUGGAUACAGUAAAUAUGUGUUACAAUGUAAAUAAGUAACACGUCAACAAAAACAGUCAUCUCCGAAUAGGGUCUUGCGAGCGAUAUAACAGAUUUAUGCAUUUAAAGUCUGGGGUGAACACAGCAUUUCAGUAUGAGUCAGUGGGAAGCCCUAAAACAACUUGACACAAAGUACUUGGAGCAGUUAGAUGAUCUGUACCAGAAUGAAACCUUUCCUAUGGAUGUUCGGGAAUAUCUCUCUCAUUGGAUUGAAGCUCAAGACUGGGAGAAGGCUAUAACGAAUUAUUCACUGGCCACUAUCCAUUACCAAAAUCUAUUGGAUCAAAUCAACAAUCAGUACAGCCGCUUUAUGCAGGAGAAGAAGUUUGUAUGUCAGCACAACUUCAAGAAAUAUAAGCAAAGUGUGCAGGAAUGUUAUGGAGAGGAUCCUGUUCUGUUGGCAAAGGUUGUCGCUGCUCGACUGAAGCAGGAGAAGACGAUACUAAACGCUGUUGUAGAGGAUCAGCAGACUGUUUUGGAUGCAACCCAACCUGUGGACUGUGAAAGACACCAGGACAUUGACCAGAAAAUUACUGCCUUGAGAAACAACGUGCAAACACGUAAGCAGGAGUUGAAAUUCCUAGAGGAGCAACAAGAUGAAUUUGAUUUCAAAUACAAGACUUUCAAGUGUCAAGAAUCACACAGUUCCCCUGAACAAGUGCAGGAAGAAAUGAAAGUGCUGCAGGGUAUGCUAAAUAUUCUGGACAGUGAUAGGAAAAAUGUUAUUCAUAAAUUCCAAGAGCUUUUAGUGGAAGCUGAGAAGCUACUGGACACACUGGUGAAAGAACAAUUGGCAGACUGGAAGAGGUGCCAACAGAAAGCCUGCAUUGGUGCUCCUAUGGACGUUUGUUUGGAUCAACUGGAGAACUGGUUUACUGCAAGUGCACUGUGUUUGUUCCAAGUGAAAAGAUUGCUAAAGAAACUCGAGGAGCUGGGAAUUAAACUGACCUAUGAUAAGGAUCCUUUUAUAACGCAAAGACCUGCUUUAGAGAAACAAGCUGUGACUCUAUUAACUUGCCUCAUCAAAAGUGCAUUUGUUGUGGAGAAUCAACCUUGUAUGCCUGUUCAGAGUAAGAUGCCUCUGGUGUUGAGAACUAGCUCCCAGUUCUCUGUUAAGCCACGACUUUUAGUGAAACUGCCAGAUUUAGCAAAUCAUAUUAUGAAAGUGAAGGUUUAUAUUGAUAAGAAUUCACCAAAUGGGAAAGGGUAUCGUAAAUUCAAUGUACUUGGCACAACCACAAAGGCGAUGAACAUGGUGGAUUCCAAAUUCGGGGGCUUGUGUGCUGACUUCAGGCAUUUGCAACUAAAGGAGCAGAAGCCUGGAAUUGGAGGAAAAGGAAGUAAUGAGGUUUCUCUCAUUGUGACUGAGGAGCUCCAUCUUAUUAGUUUUGAGACUGAGCUGGUUUACCAAGAGCUCAACCUCGUUCUUGAGACUUGCACUUUACCUGUUGUUAUCAUCUCAAAUGUCAGUCAGCUCCUUAGUGGCUGGGCCUCAGUGGUUUGGUACAACAUGCUCUCCAAUGAUCCAAAGAAUUUAACGUUCUUUUCCAGUCCUCCCAUGGCACCGUGGAGCCAGCUAUCCGAGGUACUAAGCUGGCAGUUUUCUUCAAACACCAAAAGGCAUCUGAAUGCUGAGCAGCUCAACAUGCUGGCAGAAAAGUUAUUUGGGUUUCAACCGAACUAUGCAGAAUGUUCCAUUACAUGGGCCAGGUUUUCCAAGGAGAAUUUACCAAAUCAGAACUUUUCCUUUUGGCUGUGGUUGCAAGGUGUCCUAGAGCUCAUUAAGAAAUACCUGGAGGAUAUCUGGAAUGAUGGGAACAUUAUUGGAUUUUUGAGCAAGAAGAGAGAACGCAGUUUGUUGAAAAGGAAGCCAACUGGGACUUUUCUGCUUCGCUUCAGUGAGAGCUGCAAGGAUGGUGGCAUUACUUUCUCAUGGGUGGAACAUUUAUCAAAUGGGGACUUCAAAAUCCGAUCAGUGGAACCAUACACCAAGGCUCACUUGGCUAACAUUCCUCUUGCGGAAAUCCUUCGUUUUUAUAAAGUGAUGGCAGAUGAGAAUGUCCCAGAACGCCCUCUGCUGUAUCUGUACCCAAAUAUUCCCAAGGAUGAGGCAUUUGGAAAAUAUUACUUAGACUCUGAAGCAGAUUUUCAAAACAACAAAUACUUGAAAACCCGUUUAAUCGUGGUGUCAGAAAGACGGUCUUCUGAUCUUCCCAGUGACGAGAUCAUGGAUGAUUGUCAGCUGGGUAACCUUCAAUUAUCAGAAUCUAUGAAGUUGGACAAUGUUCUUAGGAAAGAUCUACAAGAUUUAAUGGAAUUUCUGGAAUCUGAUUCGAUGAUUUAGAACCAACGGUGAAAUUAUCCAUGGGGGAUCUCAUCUUUCUACUGCAAAAUGAAUCGUCAAAUUUCUAGAAUGUGGACUUUGUUCCAUCAUCUUAACUCUGUACACUUCAUAGGAUUAUCUUUCGUAAUGUUUUCAAUUCUGAGAUUGAGCUGUCACUGUAAACAGCAAAACUGUUAUGUUGCUAAAAUGCAAUCUUGUGUGUACGUAAAAACAAGCCAACACUGAUGAUACAUGUGACAAGAGCUUGGAAGAGUAUCAGUGAACCAUUUCGUUCCCAUUCCAAUUUAUGUAGGAAAUUAAAGGGGAAAUGUGAAUGUUGUUGUUUGCUGGAGCAGUGUUGCCUCCAAUGAAUCUUGUUUUCUGCUUAACUGACCAGGAGAAACCGGUGUUCUGGUCCAUGCUAUCCCCAUCAUGUUGGAGGUGGUGUAGCAUAUAAAUUCAUGUAAAACAUUAUUCUGCUGAGACAGGAAGAGGCCAGGCCACAAAUGUUUUUCCCUCCCAACCCCCCCCCCCCCAAAAAAAAAACUUAUAACAACACUAACCUCACUAUUGUUGCUUCUCUCCCCCACCUGUAUCAUUAAAUGGCCCUUGUGGGAUCACAAGUCAUCAAUUUGAUGAUUAACCUUAUGCUUUCUUCUGCUUUGCAAAAUAUUCUUGUAGCUGUAGAAUAUGUUUGAAACUAAGAAUUUUUAGGAUAAAGCAAAGAAAGUAACUCCCAACAAGCCAGUGCUGCUUAAAGUUUUCAAUCUAAGAAAGCAUCUUUACAGAGACUUGCUUGUUUAUCUUUAAUAUUUGGACUGACUAUAUUUUUUUAUCCAUCUUGAAUAGGCUUAUUAUCUAACUGGGAGAAACUGAUGGAGACUUCCUGUCCACAAAUUUUAUACUGACUGAUAAUUUGAGAGAUAGACAUAAAAAAGGAGCUGGAUAAAAAGUGUAACUAUAGCUUACUUUGAUGACUUUCUGCUGUUCAGUGCUGGAAGAAUUAGGAAAGCAAUCUUUCCUUUUUCACCAGAUUGACUGUCGCAGAGUUCUUGAAUCCUGUUCCCAAAGUGAUCAAGAUUUCACAAAAGUAAUCCUGGUUUAUUCUAAAUAAUUGAGUUAGGAUUAUAUGCCAAAUUCUUUUAAAAGGUGUUCCUCAUGUUUGAGGAACAGACUUGUCAUGUGUGACAGUUGCUGGUAUAGUUGAAUGUAAUAAUUAGGAUAUAUCAACAUUGAACCAAGUGAAAUACUCAUGAAGGCUUUUAAGAAUAAAUCAAAUUGUGGUUGACAUUAAGUCUUAGAGGUUUUUCUGUGAAAGAUCCCCUUGAGGUACAGAAAAGGAAAUUUUUAAGUCUUGUGCAUUACAGUUGUUGCACAAUUUACUUUCUGUUUAUAUGUGGCUACCAAAUAGCCAUUACAUCUCAACAUAUGUCAGUUGUGCAAUUCAUUCCCUUGCACUCGCUCUCCUACAUGUGUGCAUUCAUGCCCUUGCUUGUUCUCAUGUGUAUUCCCACUGCUGUUUAACCUCUCUUCUUCUAUGCUUUGUCAAUGACCCAAUUAGCUUUUUACAGUGGCUAUCCUGUGUAAAUAUCUGGUAUAGAAUAUGGGUUCAUUGUGAAUGGUGUUUCAAAUCUGUAUGAGAUAAAGAUAAUAAGGUACACAAACGUUCCAGACAUUUGAUUUUUCUGAUGCUUGGACUACUGAGUUGGUUCUAAUUAUUAUUUGAACCUUAAUGUGUGCAUCAUUGUUAAGGUGCUUUAUUUACGGAUUGAUUCCUGGGAUGGCAGGACUGAUGGAUGAAGAGAGUCUGGAUCAGUUAGAACUGUAUUCAUUGGAGUUUUGAAGAAUGAGGGGGUGGGGGAUUUCCACAGAAGCCUGUGAACUUCUAAUUGGACUAGAAAAGGUAGAUGUAGGAAGGAUAUUCUUGAUGGUGGGGCAGUCCAAAACCAGGGAUCGCAGUCUAAGGAUAUGGAGUAAACCAUUAAGGACUGAGAUCAGCAGAAUUGGGGGGGGCAGGGGGGCGGGCGGCAUGUACCAUUCUCUGCCACAAAAAGUGGUCAAAGCCAAAACACUGAAUGUUCUGAAGAAGGAGUUAGACAUAGUUCUUAGGGGACAGGGGACUAAGUUUGAUGAUCUGUGUUUCUAUGUUUAUGAUGAUGGGUGCUCCAUUGUUUGAUGGGAGUCAGAAGUUCACUUGAAAUUUAGGUAUUAGAGACUAGUGGGAAUUUCAGAGGUAAAAAUGAAGAUUAUUGAGUGAGAAAUGAAGUAGCUGUUAAGAUUAUUGAACCAGAAAUGAAGUAAUUGUUGUAAUGUUUCACACCCUGCACAUUUUAUAGAGUGUAUGUUAAGGGACCAACUCCACUGUUCCUCAGUGUAUAUUCUCCAUAACAGGUUUGUCGAACCUCCUUGCAGUCCCUAAAAAUGAGAUGACUAUUUUCUGGCCUUCUCUGAUAUUGCCUUUACUUCCAAAAGAAACCAGUGCCUGCCCAUUUGCUUACUGCAGCAAUGCUGAGUAUUCCACAGAUGCCUGUCUCCCAGGAAUCAUUUCGCUUUCACCCAUAUUUGCACAUGAUGGACCACGUUUUGUUUUUAUUUCCUCAUUCAUAGGGACAAGUGUGCAAAUCUUAAGAAGAAAAACAUCAGAUGUUUGGAAACUUAUUUUACUAUCAAUUUAAGCCACUAUUUGAACAACCUAAAAAUUGGAAACCAAUUUCUCACCUGCCCAACUCAAAAUUGAACACUAAUUCAGUAAGAUACCUGGCAUUGCCUUUGCCUGCAUAAGAAGUCAAUGUCUGCCCAUCCUGUUGAUGUAGCAACAUGGAGUAUUCCAGAUUAAUGUCUGUCUUAUCAGAAAUGAUCAUGAUUUUGAUUUGAUGUUUUUCAUUCUUGCGAAAAUCUGUGGCAGUGAGAUGUGCUGCCAAAUCGUGUAAUGAAUUGAAGGGCUUGGUUCAAUAGAUUUGGGCAAGACACCGUAGGAACAUAAUGACUAAAAUGACCUAAAGUCACAUUCUGCAACAGCUCUCUUCAGGUCAGUCAUUUUACAGCUAAAGCUUCAUGUGGAACGGGUUAUGGAUUUCAGUGGCAUCUGUUCCAAGUGGGUCUGCAAAUGUUUGAAGCUGCCAAUCAGUGCAGUGUAAUUUUCAUUGACUGAGCAUGUCUCACUGGUGUUGUGAAAUGAACAACGUCCUUAAUUUUCAAUGUUUCUGAAGCAGUUCCAACCUCUGAAGGAACAUUUGGGCAUGUUCAUACAGUUUGUUGAUAAACUGACCCUUCCCUUUCAUUCAAAGUUGAAGACUGAAAGUAACUUAGUGUCAAUCAGGAAUUCGAAGUCAUUCAACCACUCGUCAGUCGGGAAGCUCACAUCUUCUGCUUUGUUUGCCAUCGAGGGUUUUAAUCCCUUCUUACAGUGCCCAGAAUCUGCACUUUGAUGAAAAUGUCUUACCCCAACGUUGUGCCUCUCUUGCAGUUUCUCAAAGUCUUCCAAUUUUUAUGACGACUCAUUAAAAGAUUACUUGCUGAACUGUAGCACAUCCAUGGUGUUCUCUGGCUCUAAACUGAUGGAAAGCAAGCUUUUUAUGAUCAGGGAAUGUUGAAUGUUCGAUGCAAGGUUCUCCACUCUCCUAGCCAUGGUUUGAUGUGAAAGGCAAGUUUUCUCGGGGUGUGCUACAGUUGUAAAUACAUCCAGUCUUUCAAAAUCCCCAUCAGAUUGGAGUUUCCCAAAUUAUAUAAUAGCAACUGGUCUUUGUUUACAGUUUCAUUUACAAUUCUGAAGAAUGAUUGAUAGUCAACCAGGAUUUUGUGAUUUUUUUUUUUUUGCUUGCUUGAUUCUCACCUGAACUUUUGAGGUUGUCGAACAUGCCAGCAUGUUUUGUACAAUGGUACCAUUUGGUUUUACUCCUUAAAACCAGCUAUCUUCUCCAGACACAACAUGACCCUGUUGUGCUCAAGAACAAAGAAGACAUUGAUCUAAUGCCUACAUUGUUAAUUGUCUUGCCUGAGACAAAGGGGGUCAGCAUCUUUGUAUUCCCAUGUGUUAUGGGUAAUAAACAGAUAAUAUCCAAUCCCAUUGCAAGAAUGUUGUUUAACUGAAUAGCUCCUUCUGGAAUCUAAGUGAGAGAAGCUGCCUUCAAGAGUGAGGAGAGGUACAAUAUCAGAAUUCCUUGUACAUUUUGCUGCCAUUGUAGCUGAGCUGCAUUCUUGCCACUUCUGUCCUGAUGAAGUUGAACCUGUUCCCCACCCUCAAAUUAGCAACCUCUCUCUGGCAGUGGCCACCUUUCUUAACUCUGCAGCCAAGUUCCACAGUGAGGCCUCUAUUUACUACAUCUGAGAUUCUCCUGGUUUCAAAGAGAGGCAUGGGUCUCUGGUUUCUGUUUACUCUGUCUCACCCCAGUCACCAUCACUGCAAAAUUAAAACCACCUGGCCAGUGCUUCUCCUGUCAGGAGUGAAGUCUUGGGCUGCAGCUUCUCCUGAGUCAGUUGUCCCUUUGCUGUUCCCCUGUUUACUCACUGCACAACUUCAGUGCUGUGAAAAUUCAAAACGCUCAUCUCUAUGUACACUUCCACUGUUUUCCUGCUCAUUCAAUCAGAGGCUCUGUUUUACCCACAUUUAGUUUCUGAUCAAGCCUAUUGGCAGGAAGAUAACAGAUUCUGAUUGGCUGAGCAGCUUGUCACAUUUCUCAAAAACCGUGUAUCUUUCCACAGUAACUUGGACAAGGACUCUUCCAUUACAAUGUUGGCCAGUCACAUGGCAGCCAGUGGACUGCCUGUUGACCAGGGCUGGUAUACACCAGGGCUCUGAUAGGUCAUGCACAGAAUAUCAGCUGGAUAAAACUGGUGUUUGAUUUUCAAAUACUUCAGGAUAUUAGGAGCUUGCUAGGGCACAGUUUGUGUGUGGAUAGACAAAGCAAUUUACUGGAAUAUGUAUUUAAGUUUGGUUUACUCUGUGGUUUAUAUUUUUACUCUUAGCUUUGCACUUAUCUGCAAUAUAUAUUGUACAAGUCAAAGUGACAGUAAACAUGAUGAUAAUUCAGGCUCAUUGCAGAUGCAAAUUCCCAUCAUAGUUAAUAUUUUGCUAACCUUCCAUGAGUAGUCUUUACAUGAUUCAUCUGGGAAGGAACGGUGGGAGGAAUAACAUUCAGGACUGUUUCUUUUUUCCCUCCAAAUACCGGAGAACUAGUCAUUAAAACUGUAGAGUUAAGACCACUACUGUUCAUGCAAAAUGUUGGCGUUGGGGAGGGGGACGGAGGGUAGCUCUUAUGGUGCGGUGGUAGUGUCCAGGCAAGCCAGGUUCAAGUUCUCACCUGCUCCAGGGGUGUGUAUUAAAAUGUUUUGAACAGGUUGAUAUAGAAAGUAUCUGCAUGCAAAAUGUCUGAGUUUUCAGCAACCUGGAACAAGCCUGGCUUUUUGCAGAUAUAUCUCAGCUCCUCUUGGCACGUAUGUUCUGUUAACUGACUGAGACCAGGCUCUACCUAUAUUUUAUUUCCACAGGACCAAAAAUAAUGCCAUUAGUUUGUGUUGUUUUUCUUUUGGUUAAGUUUGUCUGAUCAAUUUAUCACUGUUUGUGUAAUUUUCAUUCUUUGAUCAAUAAAUAAUGUAAAACAA